GAGAAGUGUUGAACGCGCGAGGACGCAUAGUUUUGGCGACUCGUUAUUUCGGCGAGAGUGCGUUUGAUCCCGCCGGCAGUACUCCGUUCGUGUAUGGAUGUGUGCGUUUGUAUAUGACGACAUGGAGUGAAAAUUUGAUUCUAGUUUAGUGAAAAAAAAAAACACCCAAAACCAACUUCAACUCAACCGCCUUGAACGGUGUUUAAUGUAAAAAGAAAAUAUUUCCUUAAAAAAAAGUAAUAAGAAAAAGUAGUGAGUGCAAUCGUGUGUGAGUGUCUCUCUGUACAGAGUGUUGUGUGUAUGUAUGAGUGUACAAAGUAAUGUUAACCGAGUGAAUGUAGGGAAACGGAAGCAUCCCUUUAAUAUAAUACUGGUGGCCCUUUACGUGCAGUGUGCAUCGAUCGACGACGACGGCUAUAUAGAGUGAUCGAUCGAUCGAUCGGCCCGGCAAUUGGUGUGCCCUUUUCGGUACGUGCACACACAGACGCGCGGACACCCCUACGCCCAGGGUGUGCGACCGCGAGGGUUUCUAGUUCCAUCAGCGCAUAGGAAGCCGCGGCAGCGCGUCAGCUGCCGCUGCGAAUAAAGCCGUCAAAAUUGGCCGAAUGGAUAAGGAUGGUGAGAAGAAGGGCGGCGGCGAGAAGAAGGGUGGCGGCGGGCAGGGCGGAACCGGUCUGGGAGGCGCAGCCGGUGUUAACGAUCCGGCCGCGCUGCUAGAUGCCGCCUCGCUAUUCGCAUACUGGGGACGAGACCCGUCUGCCAUGGCGGCAGCAGCCUCAAACCCACUGUUUGGCUCACAGUUCGGUAUGCCCGGUGGGCUCGGCGGACUGAUGCCGAACGCCGGUUCCGGUUCCGGUAGCGGUAACGAUCGAUUCUCCAUGUCCCACCACAACCAGAACACGAUGGCGGUGGCUGCGUCCCAGGCCGCCUCACUGGCCGGUUUGCACAAUAGUUGGUGGUCGAUGGCACAGCUGGCGGCACAGGAUUACUUUGCCCGGCUGCAGGCUUCCGGCAUGUCGCAGCUUCCCUUCUCGCAUGAUCUGGCCGGAGCGUUCCCGAGUGGGCUUGGGCUGGGCGCAAUGGGUGCUGCCGCUGCGGCCGCCAUUGCCGGUUCCGGUGGUAACACGUCGGCUGGUGGGGCAGGUGGUGGCGUUGGCGGUGGAGGCACCGGUGGUAGUGGGUCUGGCGGUGGCUCGGGCAAGAGUGGUUCGGGCGGUGGAAAAGGCAAAAAGCGUGAUCGGAGCAGUAACAGCAACAGCAGCAACGCCAGUUCCGGUGGUGGAGCGGGCGGUUCGUCUGGUGGCAUGGCGGGCAGUUUAGGUGUCGGAGGCAUGGGUGGCGGAGUUGGUGGCAAUAACAGCUCUUCGUACAAGAAUUCACCAUCCCCCUCCGCAUCGCAGGCCGCCGCUGCCGCUGCUUACAAACAGUCACUCUACAGUCAGGCGACCCUCCACAAGGAGCUAAUGGCCAUUACGGCGGCAGCAGCAGCUGCCCAAAAUCAACAGCAUUCCGGUGGUGGAGGCUCAAACAGUCAACAGUCCCAACAACAGCAACAGCAGCAGCAACAGCAGCAACUCCAACAACAGCAACUUCAGCAACACCAGCAGCAUCAGCUCGCCAGCCUCGGCAUGUUGGCCGGGCUUGGUGCGGGCAGCAGCAGUAGCGGUAGCACAAGUUCCAAGCAAAAAUCAUCCUCUAGUGGAUCUGGGGGCGGUGGUGGUAGCGGCGGUUCGUCCUCGUUAGCAUCCUCGUCGCCACACGGUGCGAGCCGGCUGAUUGGGAACGAUUCGAUAUCGAUCACGCGCGGUUCCAGUUCACCGUCGAUGAGCUCUAGCAAACAGCAGCCAACGCCCAGCGUUACCAUCAGUGCCAGCCACGGGAAUCCCGGUGCCUCGUCGUCGUCCUCCUCCUCAUCCGCGUCACAGCAGAACCAUCUACAGAACCUAUCGUCCUCGUCGUCCCGCUCGUCGAAGGACAUGGGCGGGAAGGGUGGUGGUGGCAGCAGUAGCAGUAGCAACGCGAACAACAGCGGUGGACCUAGUGCGGCCGAUUUGGGUUUGAGCGCGUCCAUGAACGCCCUGAGCACACUGUCGCAGUUUAACAAUCUCGACCUGACGACGCAGCAGAACAUGACGGCAACGAUGAAUGCACUGGCAGCGAGCCAGGCCAAAGCGAAGGACUACAUCUCCUCCGGGAUAUUGAAUGAUCCUUCCUCGCUGCUUGGCGUACGGCUGCCACCGGACACGGAGAUCAUCAAGUACACCUCUUCCAUCGUGGGGCCCAAAGUACCGGGCGCGACCGGCCGUGGACGUAAGAAAACCAUUUCGUUAGAAGACAAUUCCAUUUUUGCUCAAAUGCAUGGUUUAAGUGCAGCCAAGCGCCAGCGACUGGAACCGAACGAGUAUGGGAGCGGCACCAGCGCCAGUGGCGGAUCACAUCUCGGGACGGGCGGUACCGGUGGUGGAUCUGGACUGCAUCCGUCCGGCCUUUCUCACCAUCAUCAUCAGCUCGGGAGCAAUGGUGGCAUCGGUGGGCUAGGACCAGGAGCAACCGGUGCUGGAGGCGGAUCGAACGAUCGUAUCGAGGUUAUCAAACUGCCACCGACGAUCACAUCGAACGGGAUGUACAGUGCCGGUAAGGGCGCGGGUAAGGAUACUAUGGCCGAUCAUAUGAACGAAUGGUCGGGUCUUAAUCUCAGCGCGAAAGGUUCGGGCAGUUCAUCCUCGGCCGCAGCGACGAUUGUGUCCUCGCUGACGGUAGCCUCUGGCAUGAAUAGCAGCGGCAGCAACAAUCAAUCGUCUGGUAUGCUCGAACAAGACGACGCACCGUUGAAUCUUUCCAUGAAACCUUCAAAAUCGUCCAACGAAGGAAUGCGAAGUGAUUCAACUCAUUCUGCAUCCUCAUCAUCGCCCGCCAUGUCCGGUGCCAGUGGCAACAGUUUGCAAAGCUUAAGCACAAUCACAGCCGCACUCGGUGGAGGCUCCGGUAAUGCGAACGAUUCUGCCCGAUCACGUCGAAAGUCCGAUAAUAAGAACCGGCGUAAUGCGGCGGCUGCAGCUGCGGCAGCGGCGGCCGCUGCUGCUGCUGCACUGGGUGCCGGUACCCUCGGCCUGGAUGGGAGCGUCAACAUGAGCCUGGCGUCGGCCGCAGCCGCGUACGCGGCAGCAUCGCCCGUCUCGACCAGUACGGGCUUUUGCACCGGUACGAACAGCACCAGCACGCUAAACUCCCUGCUGAUGGCAUCGGUUGGGACCGGAUCCGGUACCAAUACCAUCACCACCACCUCUAACACAACUACCAGCGGCGGCGGCGGCAGCAGUAGCGGCGGGGGCAGCAGUAGCAUCGUCGGUGGUGCUUCGUCUACGGCCACGGCUGCUGCUGCCAAUGCCGCCAACCAUCAGCUGAUGGCGGCCCAGCUUGGCUUCAACAGUUCGCUGUCCGAGCUUUUAAAAAUCUCCAAUUACGAGGAGUACGAUUACGCAUCGCUCGGCGGAUCUCAAUUCAAGGAAGGUCGUCCACGCAAUCUUGGCCGUGGUGUGUCUAAACCGAAGAAGAAUACCGUUGCCUCGCUGUUGGCGCAAAGUCGUGCGGUUGGAUCGAAACCAUUGACUGCCCAGCAACUUUUAACACAGGACGCAGAGAUUGAAAAACUAAGACAAGCCAUGCUGGAAGCAAGUCGGAAUCAAUCGAUGGACAAUAGCACCUCCAACACCAACACUGACACCGAAAGCAUCUCCGAGAGCGGGAUGUCCGAAUCGGAGGGCGAGGAGCAUAUUAAUUUGAAGGAGCUUCGCGUACCGUUGGAGAAAGGCUGGCGGCGAGAAACGGUGAUCCGCGGGCUUACCAAGAAUGGACACAUUAAGGGAGACGUGUAUUACUACCCACCGCAGAGCGUAAACAAGAUGAAGGGCAUGAAUCAAAUUCAGCUGUAUUUAGAUCAAUUUAAGCCUAAGGAUCUGAAUCGUGAUAAUUUUAGCUUCUCGGCAAAGGCAGUCGUUGGUACGUUUCUUCAACCUGCUCCCCCACCGUACGCAACCGACGGUGAGUUCAUUAAGAUGACCGAUGUUGAGGUUAGUCGGCGGUUGGAGGAGCUGAAAAUGUUCACCCGGCAUGCCGGACUAGGCGUGGAGCAAAGGAUCGAAAUUGCAAAGCAGCAACAGGCACUACGGGACGCUAAGAAGUUGGCAAAGGAAGAGAUGAAUAAAAACAAGGAAAAGGCUCGACAGGCAAAGGAAGCAGAACGCAACGAACGUUUAGAGCAACAGCGCAAAGAGCGGGAACUGAAAAACCAACAGGCACUGGAGGCGAAGAAGAAGCGCGAGGAGGAACUGGCCCGACAAAAGGCUGAAGAAGCGGCACGGAAGGCACAGGAAAAAGAACAUAAACGACAGCAGGCAUUGCUGUUAAAGGAACAGGAACUUGCCAAGCAGAAGGAGUUGAUGUAUGCAAUGGAAAUGGAACGAGAAAGACGAAGGCAACAUAUGGCUCUGAUCAAGCAAUUGGAACUGCGUCGCAAGUUUGAAGAGAAGGAAAAGAAGAAACACCAGGUAAUCUUGGAUAAACUGAUUCAGCGCGAAAAGAAACUAGUGAUGAGAAAACGGGACACAAACAUUCUAGCCGAAUUAAGAAAACCUCAAGAGGAUUCGGAGAUAGUGGAUCAAACGGAGUUACCUGCCUUUUCACGAAUUCCUGGACUAAAGCUGACUGGCACUGGGUAUGCCGAUCUGCUGAUGGUGUUUGAAUUUUUGCAUAACUUUGGCGAAACGCUUGGUUUCGAUAUGGAGUCACUGCCCAACUUGCAAUCGUUGCAUCUCGCACUUACGUCGGAGAAUGCGAUCGAUGCCGAAGAGGAACUGCUGUCCGUAAUGACGCAUCUGCUCGUCUGUGCAAUAGAAGAUCCGGGCAUACCGAAUCCGGGCCGUCAUACGACACUGCUCGGGCAAACACUACGCCAGGCGGAUAUCACACACACGAACGUAUCGGAAAUAUUGCGCAUCUAUCUGUACGCGGUUGCCACCGGAGAGGUGAAGCUACAGUCCGGCAUCAAUCUGGAGCGCGACCGUGACGCCCCGUCCAAGCAUCAUCUAGUCAAUGACGAGGAUUUCAAGAUGUGUAGUACGAAAAACUCACAGUUUUAUGAACUGCUGGCCGAAAACGCGCGCUACAAGCUGUCCGAGCUGCUGAAGGACAAACCGUUCGUGGCGCUCAAUCCGACCACGAAGACGGAAAUACUCGCCAUGCUGUGUAACGAUCUGCUUAUGAACAAAGCGGUAUGCAAGCAGAUCGACAGCAGCCUGGAGUCACAGGCGCAGCUCAAAAAAGAACGGUACCUGUUGGACAACAAAAUCCGAAAGUACAAGAUGUUGGUAGCGCGCAAACAGCGGCUCGAGCAGUACGAAAAGGCUCAACAGGCGGCACUUGAAAAAUCACUUUCAAUGAAAGCGGCCGAAGAGGCGAAACGGGCGGAAGAGGCAGCCGCGAUGGCUGCAGCGGCAGCAGCAGCAGCAGCGUCGGCUGCAUCGGAAGUGAUCACGAUACCAGAAGAUGGAGUCGAAGCAAUGGAGACUGAAACGAAGCACCCCGGAACCGACGGUGCAUCAGGGGAUGGUGCGUGUGAAGUGAUUGAGAAUGGCACGGCAAAGGAAACGGUUCCAUGUUCCGAUGGGGAAGGAUUAACUUCCGUUCCACCAUCGGAUGGAGGAGGAUGCAAACCGGGCGAGCUGGAGGAAGGUGAAAUCGUGAGCAAAAAAGAUUUCAGUGCGGAAGGACAUAAGACUGACGAUGAAGACGAUGACGAUGACAACGAUGUGGUGGAAAUCGUACCAAUGCCGGUGACUUGUACAGUUACGGAAGAUUCCUGUCCAAACACGAUUCCAGCAUCGGCCGAAGGGGAUGGAGAUGGAAGUGAACAGACAAAGCCAGACACCGCCACCGCUAUGACAGAAUCGGAUGAACCGAUGGAUACAUCAUCGGUGGAACCGGCACAAGUGCCAAGUGCACACGAACAGAAUCACUCGGAAGUCAUGAAUGGUAUUGAAACGCCUACGCCGGUUGGUGACGGCUGUACAAACCGUAUCGAAGGGAACGGCCCUAGUGUUCGUAUGCCGGAGAAUAACAACGCACAUCAUGCAUUACCGAUGUCUGAGGAACAUCAUGCACCGCCAGUCACUCCACCACCUCCACCACCACCGCCACCCUCGCAUCCAGUUGUGUAUCCCGUUUUGCAGCACAACAAAGCGAUGAUGCAGCUCGAACCAGGCGAAAUCCCGCCACCCGGUAUGGACAUAUCGGGACUAGGCCCACGCCACACGACUGGAACCGAAAUACCGACAAUAUCCGUUUCUUCAACGCCGGAAGAAAGUCCCGUUAAAGUAGGAGAUGUUGGUGUUGAUACUCCCAACGGUGGUGUAUUUAACAUGCCUGGAAAACCUGUAGGUGUAGCAUCCGAAAUGACGAACGGUGAGCAGCAGCAGCAACCACAGCAACCCCCGCAAGUGCAUCAGAAUCAAACGAACAACUCAGCAACGGAGUUAGAUUUAUUGUCUAAAUCGAUCAUCAACGAUCAUGCCACUUGCGGUACGGACGAGGAUAACAGUGAUCUGGAGAGCGAAGGUACACAGCUGGAAGAGGACGAAGAUGCACAUUUGACGGCUGAAGAGGCACAGCGGAAAUACGACAAGAUUCUGGAAACGUCCUUCCAAAACAAGCAACAGCUGGAGAACGCGCUGAAUCAACUAAGGGUGAAAUGUUUUGGUCAGGAUCGGUAUUGGCGUCGCUACUGGAAUCUCGGUAAAUGUGGUGGCAUUUACGUGGAAGCGAUGGAAUCUACCCAGCCCGAGAUGUACCGAUACGAAAAUGCACUCGAGGAGGUACAGAGCCGGCCGGACUAUGUGCCGAAGUAUGCGCCCGCUAUCAAACCGGAGACUGUCGUGAAACCGGAUCCAGCAUCGGAUGUAAACUGCAAGAAAGAGGAAGGCGAAGCUGAUGCGGUAAAAGCGGAGGGUGUCGCGCCGGACCUGAAACCAGAGGUAGAACCUGAGGCGUCGGCUGUGGCGGCGGAUCGAAAGCGUAAGCGUUGUUCAUCUGUGUCGUUGAAAAAGAUGAAGAAAAAGAAAAAGAAACAACGAACAACUUCCGAAGGAGGGGGAUCGUUUGGUCAGGAUGGUGCUGGGGGUGGCUUUAAUGACGGUGCCGAGGAAGAGGAUGAUGGUGACGAUGAAGACGAGGGUGGUGCCGAGGACGAGGAUGAUUGUUCGCGGACAAGCUUUGGCAAUGGACCAGCGCUGGAAGAUGGCCGUACGGCAGAUUCACAGUCGGAUGAUUGUAAAAUUAUCGAGGAACCGGAAGUAGUGUUGAAGGAAGGUGUUACCGGUGGUAAUAUGCUGCCCGCUGCUCGGGAAGGUACGGGAGAAGAUCAUAUCAGAGCUUCGUGCGAGAGGAAUAAUGGUUCAAAUGGUAAUCCCGAGUCUAUGCACGAGGAAGCGGUCGAUCAGCAUUCGAGAAAGAAUGAACAGAACGAACAUGAAGCACACCAGGAGAAUCACAAACCGGUAGAAGAGGGUCAAACGCUGGAAGCUUCGAGUAACGCCGUAGGUGCCGCACCACCUAAGAAAUCCGACGAUCAGCUGAUGGACAUUGAAGAUUCUAUUCCGACGGCGAUCCUUGUACAGAAAGGCAAUGAUCACGAUGAAACGAAAACGGUCGAAGUGAAUAAUCAGAUUGGUGGCGUGAAUGUGUCACCACACCAGCCCUCAUCGGCAGCAGCAACAGCAGCACCGACGGUCUCGCACGAAGAUGACGAUGAUUUGACGAUGGUGCAAGACGAAACGCCCACGAUCACGAUCCCCGAUGAUGAUACGGAGAGUGGCGAUCGUAUGACAGGGGCCCACGAAGCUGUUGAGCACGGUGGCAGACCAGAACACGAUAAAGGAUCGACGAUGAUCGAUAGCAUGAACUGUGAUAUGAAGCCAAAAUUGAUGGAAAAUGGAGUGGAGCUGCGGGAUCCGGGCGAGCUGGUCGAGUGUCAGCUGCAGGAGGUGGAUGACGAUGAGGAGAUAAUUACCGCCGGUCGUGGCAAUAACGCUCGAAGUGGUGAGAGUGUGAACGAGUGCAAGCCAACGAUUGCACUUGGCGAUAAUGGUGGAGUUGAUCGGAAGCCAAGAACAACGACGACAACCACGUCAGUUAUCUCGUACGGUAGCGACGUUGAGAUGAUCGAGAUAAAGGAGGAGGAGAGUAGUUGCGUUCCGCGUGCUCCGAUUACACCUGGCAGCUACCUGUAUCUACGCAAUACGGAUACGAAGCAAGAGAAGGAGUUUAGCGAUCAGCUGCUGAAUCGUUGGUUCUCGAUUGUCGAUAAGGAGCUGCCACUGUCGAGUACGGAGUGUUCGCUGCCGACAAUCAACGGCAAUACUCCCGCUUCUUUAGCACGUCAAAUUUUCACCAACAUUACCUGCCGCGAGAUCUGCCAAAUUCAGGGCAAUCGAUGGGACAUCGGUAACAACAUUCAGUUCUUUAGUGUACCACUGGAGAAGGGUGUCGAGAUUCAUUUCCCAAACGAGUCGAUCCUGUCCAUGUCCGGGUUGGACGAUGACGAGAUCAACGAGGUGAUCGCAAAGAAGAGUCGACCGGAACCGCUGCAGCUGUCCGAUAUGAAGCCGGCGUUUAAGCGUGAAACCAUCGAGUAUUCGUACAGUCACCAUCAUCCGAACCAGAUCCGGCUGCGGGCGGAAAUGCUUGCCGAGGAAACAGCCGACCCGGAGGAGUACGGGAACUUUUCGCUUCCGGCGUACAUGACGCUUACGCUUUCGAAUCUGACCGCGUACGUACAGUGCGAUCAGUUCCAGCCACUGCAGAUGACACCGGAAGAGGAGAAGCAGCUGGAGGACGUGAAGCAGCACGGAGCGCCCCAGAAAACCGAACCACUGGUUGUGCCACGCGAGUUUCGCUACGGUUGGUGGAAGAUUAAUGAUAUCGAGGAGCUCAACGAGCUGAUCAAGUCGCUGAAUCCGCGCGGUGUACGGGAGCGUCUGUUGCGCCAAAGUUUGCUUGAAUCGUUGGCAGAAAGCGUGAAUCUCACUACGCCCCAUCAUGUGUCGCAUCCGCGUGCGGCACCACCACCGAACGGUUACAUCGAGCCGGAAGCUUGGAACGCGUGGAAUCCGUCCAUUGCGCGGCGCGUUGAAGUGGCGCUGCUCGAUCAGAUCGAAGCGAUGGAGGACAAGGUGGCAAGUGCAUCUAUGCAGGUGAAAGGAUGGCAAAUGCCGCAACGGGAAGGUGACAGCGAGAACGGUGUCGUGGAGGAUGUAACGAUCGAGAUGUUGCGCGAACGUAUCCUAGGACUCGAAGCGGCCAUUGAACGACGCUACCUCAAACCACCGCUGGGAAUCAACACCACCGAGGCGCAAAUGGCGGUCAUUGCGCAACAGGAGGCGCAUCACAAUCAGAACAACUCGAACGUAUCGAAUCUGUCCAACUGCUCAAACAGUUCCGCCGAGGAUGAGAAUCUCCCGAAAGGUCUGCUGUCAUGGCGCGACGCAGUAGAACGUUCCGUCACUACCGCACAACUAUCGAUGGCACUGUACGUGUUGGAAUCGUGCGUCGCCUGGGACAAGAGCAUCAUGAAAGCGCAAUGCACAAAGGGGGGAAAGAAUGGAAACAAAAAGGCAGGCAACAAGUCGAGCAAAAAGAAGAACGGUACAGUCGCGAACCAGCACGAUUCGCCGGCCAGUAAGAAGGGCACUGCUUCUAAUAACAAUACUACCGCUACUAACAUCUCGGGAUCUACCUGGGAAUCCUCCACGAUACUGACGGCGGCGGCGGCGGCAACAGGGACAGCGACGAUAAACACCGGCAACAGCACGCCCAAUGGCAAAUCGAAGAAGAAAACACUCUCGAAAUCCAAAUUGUCUUCCCUUCUAUUGCAGAAUUGUCAGUUUUGUCAAUCGGGAGAAUCCGAGGAUAAGCUGCUACUGUGCGACGGUUGCGAUCGUGGCUAUCACACCUACUGCUUCAAGCCACGCAUGGACAAAAUUCCGGACGGUGAUUGGUAUUGUUUUGAAUGUAAAAACAAAGCUACUGGUGAUAGGAAGUGUAUCGUGUGUGGAGGUCUCCGGCCACCACCAUUAGGCAAAAUGGUAUACUGUGAGUUGUGCCCACGGGCCUAUCACCAGGACUGCUACAUACCGCCAAUGCUGAAGUAUCCGCGCGGUAAAUGGUACUGCCAGAACUGUGUCGCUAAGGCGCCACCAAAGAAGAAACCGCAGCGCAAACCGAAGGAACGGACCACCAACAACAGCUCCCAGUCGUUGCUAAACAGCUCGUUAAACAGCUCGCAGAACCAGUCGUUGAAUUCGUCCCACGAGGACAUCGCAACGACCCCGUUAAGUCCAGCACAUUCAAUAGCGUCCACGAGUCAUGAAGAAUCGUCGGCGCCACAACAUCUACAGCAACCGCAUAACAGUGCCAUUGUCGGGCACAUGCCGGGUGUACCGGUACCGGUCACGGCAACGACACCAUCAACAUCGGCUUAUCAUCAUCAGCAACAGCAGCAGCAGCAAAUGCAACAAUCGCAACCACACCCACAACAGUACGGUGCACAAAGUGGCAUUGGUGUCGCUACGGUCGAGGAGAAUAACUAUGCCAUGUGUCAUCCUCCCGUACCCAAUGAUACCAUGACGGCGGCGUAUGGUCAGCAGCAACAACAGCAGCAGCAAUACUAUCAACAAUUUUAUCAGCAACAGCCAUUGUCCUCCGUUACGCCACCAUCAGUACCGCCGCCAUCCGCGCAACAAUCGUACUGUCCAACUGCUUCGACCGAAAAUAACGCGCUGGAGGAGGAACAGCAAUCAAACUAUGCUGGGAAUGCGAAUGAAUCCACACAAAUUAUGACGGCUGAAAGCUAUUCUGAUGCGCAAGAUGCCUCGCAAGAACAGAACGAAUUACCUGCCGAAACGAUCGAACCAUCAACACCGAAACAGGUGGAAUCUACCGGAUCACCUGCUGCCGCUUGUAGUAGCAGCGAAUUCUAUUCACCCUCAAGCAACGCAAUGAAUGCAUGCUCGUCGGCCAAUUAUCCGGACAGUGAGCGCGCACUACCCGCAGGGAACGAUGGAGACGGUAGCUGUGGUGGUGACUCAUCGGAGGAGUAUCAACCGAGACCGUCUCCGGUAAAGGAAUCGUUGAGUAUGGCCAGCUGUAGCAGCAGCAACAGUAGUACUAGCGAUCAUCAGCGUAAGGAGCGUUCGAAGGAACGUGACGAAGCAAAGGAACGGGCCAAACAGGAAAAGAAGGCGACGAAAAGGCUGCUGAAGGAGUUGGCCGUAUGCAAAACCAUCCUGGAGGAAAUGGAGCUACACGAAGAUUCGUGGCCAUUUUUGUUGCCGGUAAACACGAAACAGUUUCCGACGUAUCGUAAGGUCAUCAAGAGUCCGAUGGAUCUUUCGACGAUUAAGAAACGCCUCCAGGAUUUAGUGUAUAAAUCACGCGAAGAUUUCAUUGCAGACGUGCGGCAAAUAUUCGACAACUGUGAAGUUUUCAAUGAAGAUGACUCACCUGUCGGCAUUGCUGGGCACGGUAUGCGGAAGUUUUUCGAGCAACGAUGGGCAGAUUUGACGGACAAGCACUCUUGAUACCAUCAGCUGCACCAAUCGCACCCUUCUACCCGUGGUGUUCCGGAGCAGGAGGUCAGCGUUGAAGGGAAACCGUCGGAAGAUGCGGGAACGUUUCUAACGCCCGCACUUCCCCCACCAUCUUCACCACCGCCAUCACCCCAAUCGGUAACUACUAUGCCGUCGUCAAUGUCGCAUUCAGCGACAUCAUCGCUACUGCCAACCCAACAGUAUUGGAUGGAACAAGGUGAUAGUAGCGGUGAGGAGCGAUCUUUAGAAAAGAAAAUGGAUAACUUAGAACCGAUCUCCAGCGCUGUCUGUAAGGAAGCGGACGCUAGCGAACAGGUGUAGCUGGCAGCAAACCUACACGAAGGCACGAGUAGGAGACACAAACAUUGAUUGAUAGCGCAGGAAAAAUCGCAACAAGUAAUCACACACGCGCUAUUUACGCAUAGCGCCCAGAGAGAACCAGAGAAAAAAGACUGUGUCCGCCGCAGCGUUUCUGACAUGCGUCGGGAGGCGAAGAGCAAGUUCUUGCAUGCCGCGGGUUGAGGAGAACAGCGGCAGUAAACACUCACCGUGUGAACAUAUUAGCGUGAUUUGGAACACAUCGAACAACCGAUCCCUCUCCCCAUACAUCAUAGAGACAGACACGGAGUUGCGGAUGAGAGUUUCUCACGAACUCCUCUAUCUCAUAUCUGUCUUCUCCUACAUCACAAAACAUCGAUAAGGCCAUCGUAUUAGACUUAUAGGUUUCUUUUUUUUUGUUUGUUUGUGAAUCAGUAAGAUACUAGCAUCAUCCGAGACUCGGUCGAUUGGUUUUGUAACGGACCAGUUUUAUUUUGCGUUCAAAUGCCGCCCAUACAAACCCAACUGUACAUAGUAGGACAUUACAGUAGAUCGUUAGAUUUUCGAAUCCCUUCUCUGUUGGUUUUAUGGAGUGACACAAAGUGGACGAAAAUGCAAAUGAAGUAGGAUGGUAUGUUAAGGCAAAAGCAAGAUUUCUUUUUUAUACGUGUUUUAAGCAGCAGUAGCUGGUAUUCUUCUGUUUCUCUUCAAAUGCUCUUUCCGAAAAGGAAAUGUAGAAGCGUUGAGAAACAUGAAACAAUUGAUACAGGCGCGUAAAAUGAAAGGUAUAUUUAAAGCAACAAACAAAGGUGAAACAAACGGUAGACAUUAGAGGAAGGGAAAAAAGAAACAACAAUCGUAUUAUUAUUAAUCUAAAUCAUUACAAGACGCCAUCGUUAUAGAGCGAGCGAAUGUUGGUUAGCGGCCAAUUGUUUGUGUGUAAAUCCGGAGCCGGGGAACUUAUGGGAAAACGUAUGGUCUCCCCCCGCCCCGUGAGCUCAUUAAAUUUAUUUUCUUUUACUCAUUGAAGAAGAAAAUGAAAUGAGGUUAGAAGUAUUAACUUUUAUUUAAGUUUUACCGUCGAGCAAACUGAUAGAAAUAGGAAGCGAUAUAUAAAAGGGAUCUGUACGAUGUGAUGGAGGGGCGCUAAACGAUCUUUCUGUCGGUUUUUGCCGCCUGUAAUUGUAUAUGGCACGAUACUAACGAGUGCGUGUUAGCACGUUAUUAAACGAAUUGGAACAUUUCUUGGAAUAUUUCAUCCUGAUGGAUGGCGAAAAUGAUGUAUUUAUUGAACCAAUUGUCGAAUCAGACAAAAAAGUGUCUCCAAGAAGCUGUAUGGCUGACAGGGAUACAUUGUGCGUAGAAACAGACUGAAGCAAGGAUAAGAGAUCCUUUAUCUCCUUCAAAGAACGAACAAGCGGAUCAGGAGCAAAACCUUAAACAUAUUGUGCCCGGCUAGACAAGAAGAAAAAAACCCAGAAAGCAAGUAUUUUUUACACAUAUACACACACGCACACCCAGGCAGCAAGCACACAGCAGACAAGUGGUUGUAUAAUUUCAGACCGGCGAUUGCGUUAACAAGGUUUAACAGAGAGAAAAGUCAAUGCAAUUUUAAUUCUGUCUUACACGAAUAAAUACAUAUAUAUUUUUAUGUUCAAACACAGUUCCUCAGGUAACGACAGAAAUCGCAAGGUAGAGUAAACAUAGGAAUGGGAAUGUGUGCUUAGGAAAAAAGGGAGAAUGGAGGAAGGAACCAGUAUUUCUUUAAACGUAUUAUUUGCGUUUUGCGGUCGCACACACCCACAAAUAGCGGAAAAAGCAAUCCCGGUUU